GCAUCGUCAGUGAGGGAGCUCAAGAAUGAUGACGGGACUUGGUUCAUGGGAGACGUUCGCUCGGGUCGACCGCAUGGGCAUGGCAGCGAGACAUACCCUGACGGCUCAUCCUACGAGGGCCAGUUUCAUACUGGUCAUCGUGAUGGGCAUGGAGCCUACUACUUUCCAGACGGAAGUGUGCUGGAGGGGCAAUGGAAGGACGGGGUGAGUGCGGACAGUGAGUAGGAGGAAGCUGACUUCAUUAUAAGCUGCAGCAUGGCGUUGGCAUCAUGCGAUCUGCUCGGACAAGGGAUGAACCUGUCCUUGUCAGCUCCAGCAAUGGUGUAGUCGAGAGCUUCCUUCCUCUACAUGCAGGUCGUGACACGGCUGCGCUGGACGAGCUCCAAGUGCAGGUGCCUUGCCCUGGGUUCCUGUUGACCUCUUGACUCUAUUCUGAGGUGCUGGAGGCGCUUGACAUCGUCGCAUCGAAAGUUGCAGAAGCUCGAAGUAGGAACGAAGAGGAGCGAAGUGAACAAGCCGAGAGAAACGACGUGGAAUGAAACAUACUAUCCG